UCCGUCGGUCGGUGACGGCACAUAGUGGUUUAACCAGUGGUGACCGUCUACAACUACAAGCGCAAAGGCAACAGCCUCCGCUGAGCAAGACUUCUUCUCUUCACGAUUUUUUCCUCAUUCUGGUUUUUCGAUUGCGCUUACCUGGAAGAGAGUGUCUUGUCGUUAGUUCUUCGGUGUUUGGUGUCCGUGAGUAGUGUCUAGUUAUUGUUGUUUCUUUUGGAUAAAAAAAAUUAUUGGUGAUUUGUUGUAAGUGAACACUUGUUACCCCGGUUACUGGCUUUGUCGUCCUCAGGUGAUAUUUUACCCACGUUGGAUUAUUGUUGCCGUGGACACUCCUGAAAACCUUUCUACAGCAGUGCCUGUCACUUUCGGUUUAAUGUGAUGACUUGAAACCGUACGAUGCUACAAUGUCUACAGAAACAAGCACAAAUGAAGGUGAUCUAAUCGACUUACAUGUUGGAUCACCAGUUCUACCGAGAGCCUUGCCCAUCUCUACCUCAGAAGAAUGCUCAGAAGCAUCAGACAAUCUUCUAGAUACAGAACUACCCGUUUUAGAAGAAAAACUACAAACGGCCAGUCAACUGUCCACUCCGAAGAUAUCUUCGAGAAGACCUAGCGUUGACGUGGAGGAUAUUUUGAUAGACAUAGACGAUAAUUACGAUGAAGUCGAUGGACUGGACGAUAAUGAGGAGUUCAUCGAAGUCUGCGACAACAUCGAAGCGUUGAAUGUAUUGAAGAACUUGGAUGAAGUUCUCGAUGCGACUUUCCAGGAUGACGACAGUAGUGAUGCUAGUUCUGUGCAGGUGCAGCAGGAUAUUGAAGAAUGUUUGGAGGAUUUAGAUAACUAUCUCAAAACAUUAGAGGGAAGCUCCAGCGAAGACGAAUGCGUAUCUUCGAAUUGUACGGAUGAUCAAGCAAGCGCUGAGGGUUCAAUAGUCACUGAUUGCCUUGAGACAGAAAUUCCAUCGGAAGAAAAUGAGGAGAGCAAGGACGAAGAAUUGAGGUGCAAACUGCGUCAAAUCGAGGAAAACUAUAGGAAAUACCUGGCUUCCGGGUGCGUAAAUAAGGCAUAUGUUGAAACGGAACCAAAUGAGCGGGAACGCCGGCCAUUAUCGGCCUGUGGUGCAGUCAGCGAAGCAAAAAGCAGGAAUCACCCGGCUCGCAAUACCGUGGCAGUCGUCCGCAGGAAACGGCCAUCGUUACCAGAAGCAAUGGAUGGAGCUGUAGCGUCCAGGUGUUCCCCGAAAAGCCGGAAGCCCCGUCCAGCUGCCGAGUCGGACGAAGACAUCGACUGGAGUUGGGUGCAGGACGUCGCUAGAGACAUCACACUAGAGCGGCGCGCACACGCGGCAGCAGACUGCUGUACCGGAACCGUCGUCUUGGAGGCGCCCCGCAUUACGGUAGUCCCCAGCAGUUCUUCGGCACCCACCAUGGACGAAGAACCCAAAGAAGACGCUAACAAGAGCACGUGGUUGCGUAGUUCGAUGCGCAGAUUGCGACACCUGCCACUACCCAACGGCGACGUUGCCCCAGGUGGGGAACUGUCCGACGCUGCUGCUCCGGUAGAAGACGUCGCGGUACAUACAUCCGGGCGGCCCGUUAGUGCACCUUCGAGAAUUCCUGCUAGCGUUGUGCAAAGUUCUGCUAGACCUUCGAGGUCUAGAUCGCGUGAAUCUGAACAUAGUGCGGUGUCUCAUGAACCAAGCGGACGAGCGCGUAGUAGUUCGGCGUCCUCCAGGUCCAGGCGACCGAGAAGUGUGUCCUCUAGUGAGACCAGUUUGCCAUCUACCAUCGACUCGACUUCUCCAAGUACUCCAGUAGUGACUCCGCAUACGCCUCAGGAACCUGAAACUGAAACGACUAGUCCCAGAAGAUCAUGUGACAGAAACCGCCAAUCGGACAUGCCCGAGGCAGACAGUCCACUAGGACACUGGCCUCACAGCCUCAGUUCCAUGAUGGCAUGUCUGGGUUGUACCUUGGGUCUCUUCAACAUCUCCCGCUUCUCCAUUCUGACAGUCCAUUUCGGUGCCAACUUCAUCUUCCAGUUUUGUUUCCUCUCGCUGGUUUUCGGCCUUCCCCUGUUCACGCUCCAAUUAUGCCUGGGCCAGCAGCUGGGGGCAGGAGUCAUAGACAUGUGGAGGAUAUCGCCGCUUUUUCAAGGGGUUGGAGUGUCGCUGCUUUUGGCCCAGGCGUUGAUGGGACUGUACAGUAUCAUCGGCGUCUCGUGGAUGUUUGUGUUUUUUCGGGAUUCGUUCAUCACGAAAAUGGAUAGAUAUCGAUGGGCUGAGCCAUUUAUUUAUUAUAGAAGAGAUAUAGACACAGAAAACUCCACCUUCAAACUCAGCGAGACACUACCAGACUACUUCAACGGGGUGGUCCUACAACGACAUCACUUGCCAUCCGGAACCUCCUAUGGUACCAUCAAAUUCCAACUCGCUUUCAACCUAGCAGUAGUAUGGAUGAUUGUGUUCGUAUCCCUCAGCAAAGGGCUGCGGUCCUACGGAAAAGUCAUUUAUGUGUUUACGUUGGUGCCAGUAUUCGGAACCUUCAUUUUGUGUGCCAAAAUACUAGGUUUAAUGCCACCUGAGUAUGUUAACGUUAUAUUCCCCGAAACUUCGUGGGGGGAAUUUUUUCUAAACCCCAAGAGUUGGUUAGCUGCUAGUCAAGAAGUUUUCCUGACUUGGGGUUUGCUGGGGGCUGCUGUAAUGCAGAUAGCAUCACACAACAGACACAAACAUCUGUUACAAAGAGAUUCUAGUCUUGUCGCUGUAAUAACUUUUACUAUUUUACUAUUAGUUGCUUUUUUGGCCAACACAUGUGUUCAGAUACUCAAGGCGUACGGAUACACGUAUCUACCUGAUUCUUUUGAGAGUAUGGCUUCUUACACUUUUCUACGUUCUACGAAGGAUGCUCUUCCUCAUAGUCUAUCAAGCACUCCUGUGAGAAAUAUGCCUCAUAAUUCAUUCAACCUUGGUGAAAGAGUUCUGAGGCCAAAUGUGGAUUUUUCCAAAGAAAGCGGGUACAUGGUCCUGAGGCUGGCGACUGAACUGGUACCCGCAACUUUUGCCGUCAUGGGCGCAGACCAAGUUUCUCCGUUUUGGGCGGUCCUUUUCUAUUUCAUUCUUAUAAUGUUUGGAAUCGCCCAGCAACUGGCCAUUUGGCACUGCGUCAUCACCGGAAUAAUGGCUAUAAAAGCUCAAAUUCUUAAAUCGUGGGAGACUACCAUCACGUUCUUCAGCUGUGCUUGCGGAUUCAUACUUGGACUUCCAAUGGCAACAGAGAUGGGCAUUUAUGUCGUUUAUUUCUUCGACUACACUGUUGGAGGCAUCUGGUGGUUGGUGAUAGUAAUCAUAAUUCAAAUAAUGGCGGUGUUUAUGGUACGAGGAAGACCUUAUAGCGGGGAUACCGUUGUGACGGCCUUGUUCUAUCAAAACAACCAUCCCUGUGUAAUGAGUUGGGCGCCGGCGAUGUUGUCGUUCACUUGGAACGUCAUCCUUCCUGUUGCAUUAAUGGUUUUGUGCAUAUCAACAUUCAAAAACGGCAACUUUAGAGACAUGUUCAUCUGGCAUCAUGCUCCGUUAGCAGAAUACUGGCCUCUUUGGGCUCGACAGGUUGGAUCGAUGAUACAGCUUAUACCUAUUCUAUGUAUACCAUUGGUGGCGGUUAUUCAAAGUUAUAGAUAUUUGAAUAACGGAUCUAAUGAUAUUUUAGAACGCAUUCAACUACUUUACCGUCCGCCAAUUGGUGAGCACAUGGAUGACGUAGGACCCCAAGAGGCAGCUGAGGCCAUAAGAAAUGAGAACAACGCCGCCAAUGCAGCUGCGGAAGAUCCUCCACCGAAAUAUACGCCUCCUCCUUCCUACACGACCGCCACUGGUGCCAGGAUUGCCAAAUUUCUGAGGCAGAGUAUUAGAAGAAGUGUUAGGCGGAUAGCCAAUGUUCUAGGUGAAGGAUCUUCUAGACAGCGUACCCCAAUAUCAAACACGAAUGGAACGUCCACCACUACCCCUCUCCCACCCCCAGACUACAACGCAGUGCUAGUCGAGAUGAACAACCCAUCACGUUCAACAGACGUCGCGAUCUCAAUGCCAGACGGACCCGCCACCAGCACCCGUCUGUCAACGCUGGAAAGACUGAGAAACCUGGAGUCGACUUCCACAGCUCUCACGGCAGCGGAAGUUGCUUCGAUCCUGAGGAGCAGCUUCAGAAGAAGCACCGUUCACUCGAGGAACAACUCCAGGAUAACGAACUUCAGCGACAACAUGGCGUCGUUGAGCGCACAGAACUUGAUCGAUUCAGCAGCGCCGAUUGGUGAGAUGUCGUUGGUGAUGGAGAGGUUGCCGAGUAGCGACUUCGAAGUGAAGCAUACUAACAAUAAUACCUCGUCUGUGAUAUAAAUUAUCUGUAGAUAACGUUACGAAAAGAAAACGGGUUAGUUCAUAGAACAAUUGUGUGCAAUUUUAAGAAAGUACCAGUUUUAGAAUAGGUUUUACUCAAACACCACAUUAAUG